AUGUACACUCUUCUACAGCCUGAUACUCUGUCGGGUAUGACCAUUCUGAUCACUGGUGCGAGCAGCGGCAUCGGUCGUGCUACAGCUAUAGCAUGCGCACAGGCUGGAGCACAUAGUGUGAUCCUCUUCGCGCGCUCGACUGACAAGCUCAAAGAGGUCGCAGAGCAUAUUUCCAAAUCCAACAGCAAAUCCUAUAUUCUGGCCAUACCGUGCGAUAUUCGCGACGCACCCGCUGUCUACGCAGCUGUCGAAAAAUCUUUGGACGACCCGAAAAUACCGCAAAUUGAUGUGCUAAUUAACAAUGCUGGUCUCGCGGUUGGUGCACCAGCAAGUUUCCCGGAAUUGAAGUUGGAGGAUAUCGAUACAAUGGUCGACACCAACCUGAAAGGUAUGCUGUAUGUAACACAUGCUGUGCUGAACAGUUCCAAUUCUGGCGGACAGUCUAUGAUGCAACGCAAGGCGGGUGCAAUCAUAAACAUCACAAGCACUACUGCGCUCGAGGUGCCACCUUUUCCAGGCGAGGCCAUCUACCACACCACUAAAGCAAGUCAGGAAGGCUUCACCAACUCCCUACGAACCGAGUUGCAAGGAACAAACAUCCGUGUCCUGGCGGUAAGACCUGACGUCGUGGCGGAUACAACGUUCCACAAGCAGCGUAUCGGCUUUCGAAAAGACGAGUACGACACCUUUAUGCAGGGAUUCGAACCAUUGGUCGCGGAGGACGUAGCUGAACAGAUUGUGUGGAUCCUUGCGCAGGGCAAGCGGAAGGAGAGAGUUGCUGUAAAGGCACUUGACAUUGUGCCUACUGCACAACGGAUGCUGUAUGUUAUCGACAAGGACUGGAAUGAGAGAAAUGGGGUGAAGGACACGAAGAUUGAAGAUUCGUGA